AUGGGAAACGAUACCGGAGAAACACUUAUUGGUAAAAUAGAUGACUGUGACACAGAUGUUCGUAAAACUGGUCAAGAAAUGGAUGUAAUAAGGCAAAGGACUAUUGCUUAUGAAUAUCUUUGUCGACUUGAGGAAGCUAAAACUUGGAUGGAAGCAUGCCUAAAGGAAAAGCUACCUGAUCCCAUAGAGUUUGAAGAAUGUUUACGAAAUGGAGUUUAUUUGGCAAAAUUAGGAAACUUUAUAUCUCCUGAAUCACUUCCUUUGAGCAAAAUUUAUGAUAUUGAUCAAAGACGAUAUAAGAUAAUGGGUUUGCAGUUUAAGCACACAGAUAAUAUUAAUAAAUUUUUGCAAGUUUUGAAGAAAACUGAACUGCCUGUGACGUUUCAGCCGGAGACAACAGAUAUUUAUGACAAAAAAAAUAUGCCCCGACUGAUAUAUUGCAUACAUGCUCUAAGCUCUCAUCUGUUUAAGUUAGGGAAAGCACCACUUAUCCAUGAUGUUUUUGGAAAAGCUGUGUUCACAGACGAACAACUGGACUCAGUCUCGAAAGAUUUGCAGAAAUGCAAACAUCCACUUCCUAUGUUUCAAAAGAUUGGUGGUAUUUUAUCUAAUAAUAAUGUGGAUAGUAAUAUUUCAUUAAAUGAUGCAGUUAUUGAACUAAAUGAUCUAUUAGAUACAGAAAAAUCCAUAACUUCUGCUAUUUUAAAUCCUGCAUUGAAGUUAAAAUAUGUACAAAAUCAAUUAAUUGAUGUGUAUAAAGAAGUUUUAAAAAAUGCGAAACAUGAAAAAAUUAAAGUUGCACACAAUCAUUCCCUGAACGAGAGUUAUGUUCCUGAUGAUUUUGAUGAAUUAUUAACAAUAGUUGAAAUUCAGGGGUAUAUAACUGCAACUAAUUUCAAAUUUUUGUGGAAAAAAUUAUGUACAGCAAGUGAAAAUAACGACAUAAGCUCUUUACAUAAAACAUUUAAUGAGGAGUGGGUGAAAAUAAAUAACUAUGACUACAAUAAUUUAGAUUUUUACUGUGAUGUUGUGAAAGACAUCAUAGAAAGCAAUAAAGAUGUCGAUGUAGAGAGCAUAACAAAUUGGCAUAAAAUAUUUCAAAACAUUAUUAAUGAAGGUAACAGAAAGUCACUUGAACAUAAAGAUCAUAAGAUGGCAAUUGGUAUUGUGAAUAAAUCAUUAGAUGAAGGCACUCCAGACGAUCUUUAUGCUGCAUUGAAAAAUCCUAAGUUAGGCUUGAACUUGAAAGUUGAUAAAUUUGCAAUGCCUCUUUUAUUUGAAGAAAUGAGGUUAGAAAAAUGUGAAUUAGAAAGAAAUCUAAAUGAAAACGAAAUUGCCGCCUCUAUAUCAUAUUUGACAUCAAUCGCCUGCAUUUCUCGUGCUGUUGAGCGAGGUGAUGAGACUGCAGUAUGGAAUUCUCUUAAUUCUAAUGAAAUAAAUUUAGAAGGACUAAGACCCCAUUGUAGGCGUCGGUAUUUCUCUGCACUUGUGACUGCUUUGCAAGUUAAACUUAAAGAACAGUUUGUAUGUUCCUUAUUAACACUUGAUGAUAUUCGUGAUGCUAUUGAAAUGGUGAAUAUGAAAGAUGAUGAUAAUGAAGAACUGGUAACCCUGAUUGACGGCAUCAACAAAGCUGUUGUGGAAGAAGAUACUGAAAAAUUAAUAAUGUUAUUAAAAAAUCCAAGUUUAAAACUGCCCUUGACAUUGCACAAACAGGAAUUUCACCUCUGUAUGCGUACAUUGAAGAAAAGCUCACACCAAAAAGAAUCUCAAAAUCUUUGGUAUGAAGACAUUGUACAUGCAAUUAAUGAAGUUCAUGCUGAAUCACAUAAAGUCAAGCAAUUAACUGAUGCCUUAGUGCAGCUAAACGUAGCUAUAUUUAAAAAUAAUAUUAAUGACUUUUGGAAUACUCUCUCUUGCCCUAUACUCUCUGUCGCAGAUAUUAUUGAGGAAGAAUGUUUGGAAGCAUAUUUUCAGAUGUUUACAAAAGCUUUCAAGAAGAGAAGUCACCACAUUUGUCCUUGGAUUGUAUGUCACACAGAUGCUGGGAAUACAGUGUACAUUGACAUUGAGUCUUAUAAUUAUAGCUGGACAACUCCUAAAGACUUUGUUCCAUAUCCCAGAUAUUUAACGAAAAAAGAUGUUUGUAUGAUUAUUGAAAAGACUAACAAACACCAAUAUAAAACAAAUAAGCAAAGGCUGUCGGAAAGAAAAAUAAUAAAGUUUCAAGCAUACUGUAGAGGGUUUCUUGUAAGACAGGCAAUAAAAAGAGAGAAGUUUUAUAGAGAAAACGAAACGGCGAUUGUUAAAAUUCAAGCGUGGUGGAGGAAAAUACUUACACAAAAGAAAUAUGCAACACUAAUAAAAAUGAAAACAAUAGAGGCUAAAUUGAAACAGGAAAAGAAGCGUAAUCCUUGGGCUUGGUACAAAGUACAGGAACAGAAAAUAAUAAAAAUACAAGCCCUUUGGCGUGGUCGACGCGCACGUCUAGCAUUUGUAUCAUUAUUUCAUUCACCUAAUCCACCUUUGAAAGUUGUCAAGAAAUUCAUUCCUAUAUUGGAUUUUGCGACUGAGGAUUAUGAUAGAGAAAUAGAACUGCAAACUUUAAAAUCGGAAGUCGUCCAAUCAAUAAGAAAGAACCAAGAACUUUCUAAACAGAUAGACGAUAUGGACUUAAAAAUAGGAUUGCUGGUACAAAACCGUAUCGCUCUACAGGAAGUGGCCGCACAUGGCUUAAAACUUAACAAUUUAGUUAAACAUAAUUCUAUGACAAAACUUGUGUUUCAAAAUCGCGAAGGCAAAGGAUCAUUAAUGACGGUAUCAACUGCUGUGAAAGGCUUAAAAUCGCUCACCAAAGAAAGUAAAAGAUUGCUUGAUGGAUAUCAGCAUUUAUUCUACGAGCUACAGACAAAUCCAACAUAUCUCUCCAAAUUGUUGUUUUGUAUACCACAGAACAAGACUAAUUUUUUUCUUCAGAAUGUUGUACUAAGCCUUUACAAUUUUGGUGCAUAUGCAAGAGAUGAGUAUUUACUAUUGAAAUUGUUUCGAUUUACUUUAGAAGAAGAAAUAAGCUGCAAAGUAUCGAAACCGUUUGACAUUAUCGCCUCUACACCGCUAGUACUUAAAAUGGCCGUUAGUCUCUCACGACAGUUGUCUGGAUUGAAUAGUCUUCAAAGUAUCAUCGGUCCUCUCGUCGAAAUGAUAUUAAAAGAUAAAGAUAUGAACAUUGAAACGGGUCCAGUAGAAAUUUAUAAGGCUUGGAGGAAUGAGACGGAAAUGAAGACUGGACAAAUUUCAACACUGCCAUAUACAGUUACUCAAGAGGAGGCAUUGAAUUAUCCAGAAGUAAAGUCGAGGCUACAAAUCGCUUUGAGCCAAUUAAAAACUGUAGUUACCAUGUUUUUAGAUAAAAUAACUCGCUCUACUGAACUUUUACCGUUUUGUAUUACAUAUAUGGCCCGCGUUUUACAUAGAUCUUUAACUUCGAAAUUUCCGCAUACACCAGAGAAGGACAUUCUUAAGGUAAUAGGUAACCUAGUGUAUUAUCAAUUUUUGAAUGCGGCUAUAGUGGCGCCUGACGCUUUCCAUAUUAUAAACAUGCCUAAUGGCACGGGCCUGACAACUGACCAACGAAAAAACCUUGCAUCGGUUGCAAAAAUUUUGCAUUUUUCAGCUGCGAAAAAAGGCUUUGGUGAGGAAUCCAGUCAUCUCCGCUGCUUAAAUCCGUUUAUUGUGGAGUGUCAUGAAAAAAUGAAGGAAUUAUUUCGUCGGUGUUGCCGCGGACCAACCUUAGAAGAAUACUUUGCCGUUGACGAGUACACUGAAGCAACACUUCUUCAUCAUCCACACAUUUACAUAACUGUUCAGGAAAUAGUAGACACUCAUGCUCUACUUGUGGAAUACCAAGAUAUCUUAGCGCCUGACCCCAACGAUCGUCUUAACGAACUAUUGGACGAUCUAGGAGAAGUUCCUACUGUUGCACAACUUGCAUCAAGAGAUGUCGAUUCCCAAGCAACGGAUUCAGAAGAGAAUGCUCGUCUGGAAGUUUGCUUGGCUCUCGUCAAUAAAUUCCAAGCACCAACAGACGACAUGACAGACCUUAAUAAACUGUUCAUCAAGACAAAAGAACUUUGUGUGGCAGUAAUUCCAUUCCUUAAUGGUGAACAUCUCCUAGAGGCAAUCUGUAUUGGAACGACAAAAGAACAACAAGAACUAUAUAGUGAGAAGGUGCAGAAACGAAUAUAUUCAGGCCAAGCCAAACCAGACGAAGUUAUGUCUUUACGAGAGCACAUUGCAAAGCUUCGACGAAAUCUACAAAUGCUUGAGGACGAGGGUUACGUAACCCGAGAAGAUGGAUAUCAGGCCCUGGUGACGUCGAUAGCUCUUGACCUAUGUAAUAAGGGCAAAUAUAGGCAAGCACAAAAGAGAGCUUUAGCGACACUCACACGGACUAAACAGAGCCUUACGGAGAAAACAAAAUAUUACGAAGAGAAAUGCAAAUCAUACGAUCAGUAUAUAAAGUCUUGUCUUGCGAAUCUUCAUGCCGGUAAGAAAAGUGUCCACGCGUGCUUAAGAAGAUCUGGCAAAGAUAUUCAGAAGUUGAAAUCGAAGUUAACGGUAAAGUACACUGGUGCAAAGUUAUUAGAAAGAGGAGUUCUACUGGAAAUAGAUGGUCUCUCUCCGUCACAAUUUAAGAAUGUGCAGUUUGACAUUACCCCCACCGAUCAUUACGGAGUGUUCACAGUUAAAGGGAAAUUUAUGGGGGUAGAAAUGGAAUCUAUUGAUAUUGACAUUCAGGAUCUUUUACAGAAACAGUACGAGGGCUGUGCUAUCAUAGACUUAUUUGGUAAAGCUAAGAUUAAUGUUAAUUUAUUGAUAUUUUUAUUAAACACUCAGUGCGGUUGGCCGGCAUUAGACAAUUUAAACGACACACAAUACCUCAAAGCAUUUAUAGCAGCAGACCCACAUCUACUUGGUCCAUACCGAGGUCACUGGUUAGACAAGUGGAGGCGUGAAUAUCAGAUGCAGCAGGCCUUUCAAGCAAUAAUUACAAUACACAAGCCUGAUGUAGUGUUUAUUUUAGGAGAUCUUUUUGAUGAAGGUGAAUGGAGCAAUGAAAAGCAGUUUCGAAAUUACGUAGACCGUUUCUUCAAAAUAUUUUCAGUACCGGAAGACAUGAAGAUGCAUGUUGUGGCUGGUAAUCACGAUAUUGGCUUCCAUAAUAAAAUCAGAAAAAGUACAGUUCAAAGAUUCGUAACUUUAUUACGAGCACCUUCAGUACAACACCUAACAUUAAAAGGUAGCCAUUUCAUCCUGAUAAAUUCAAUGGCACUUCAUGGCGAUUCCUGCGAACUAUGUAAAGAUGCUAGGAACUCUAUUGACAAGAUUUCAGAGAAUUUGCUUUGUGGAGAGAACCCACAUCAGUGUAAAACAGAUAAAGCUACGUUGAAUAAUACGCGUCCGAUUAUUAUGCAGCAUUUUCCCUUGUAUCGCUUUUCUGACGCUGUAUGUACAGAAUCUGAUUCACCACCAUUUCCGGAAAGAAAUAAGAAAUUUCGUCUUAAAAUAGAUGCUUUAUCCCAAGAAGCCACAAAAUAUUUAAUAACUAAGUUGAAGCCCAGAGCAGUAUUCGGCGGACAUACGCACCAUGGAUGUUUGCUUCACCAUUCAUAUGAAUAUUUGGACAAUAAAGAUUUUUGGGAAUAUUCUGUACCAUCUUUUUCGUGGAGAAACAGACCUGAUCCGAAAUAUAUGUUGUUAUCUAUAACACCUGAUAUCUAUGCUGCUAAUAAGUGUGGCUUGCCUAAGGAAAGUACAAUAGCGUUAACUGCUAUCAUAAUGAUAUUUUGUUUAAUUAUUAUCUUCUGUAUGAAGAGGACAAUUGGAAGAGAAUAUAUGAGGAUUAAUUUAAAAGCAAGAAUUCCUUCUCAUGAUUAUAUUUUACAAUAA